ACAAAGAAAACCCAAAACCCCCUCUAUCCCUCUCUCUCUCUCUCUCUCUCUCUCUCAAACACAAGAAUCACAUUGUUGUAUGGCCAUGAGUGGUACUGGAACCAUGUCCAAUAACCCUAAUGACUGGCUCCAAUUCUACAACCAAACCUUGUCUUCUUCUCAAGGUCAGGUGUCUCAUGGCCACAUUUCUUCAGGUAUUAAUACUUCAACUUUUUUUGGUCAUGACCAAGUCUCUGAAGCCACUGUGGUCACCACAACUCCAUCCGCUGCCGCCACAACAAGUGCCGUUGGCUCCGCCAAUCCGGGCUCCAGCACCAACAGUUUGAGCCCGGAUCAAGGGCGGGUUUCGAAACCAGCCCGAAAGAGAUCUAGAGCCUCGAGACGGACCCCCACCACGCUACUCAACACGGACACUACGAACUUCCGUGCCAUGGUGCAGCAGUUCACCGGGGGCCCUAACACGGCGUCGUUUCCCUCAGGUGGGUCCAGUUUUAGUUUCGGGCUGGCCCCACCUAGGCCACAGGGCUUUAUGGUGUCUCCGGGGUAUCAUCCUCUACAGCCUCAGCAGCAGCAACAACAUCAUCCGUACCAGCAACAACAACAACGUCAGAACCAGCAAUACUUGGUUGGUGCAGGAGUUGGGGAUGGGUUUCUCCAGAGAUUGAGCUCAUCAUCAAGAGGAGGACCCACAAACAUGGGAUUUGGGGGUUCGUCUGAUCAUGUUGCUGAUCAUCAUGAGUUUUUGAGGGAGGGUAUGUCGUCGUCCCAAGUGCCGUCUGCAGCUAGGCCCGGCUCUAACGCUGCCAAUGAGAACAGGAGUGGCAGUUUCAUGUUUUGAGAGGGACGUAAAGCAGAAAAGUUAGGUAGACUGACUUAUCGUAGGGACACAAUUCUUGACUAGUGUAUAUAUACGGAAACAAUAUUUCUAUAUAUAUAAUAUAAUGUAUGCUUUUUCGACAGAUUCAGAUACCAAAUGUCUUCUUCUUUUU